AUGACUUCCUCCCUCGAGCACAUUGACACAUGCGUCCCGGUAACUGCGCUGAAGGCGCUGGUAUUGAAAGACGUCAGACUUCUUCUUCAGAGCCAAGGAACCUAUGUCCGCCUCAUUCAUGAAGAAAGCGGGCGACUGCUUGCUGAGCUGAAAGUGUUCAAGAGGAAUCACGUCCAUGGGAUCGUUGCUCUUGGCCACCAAGAACAAGGCCAAUAUGCUCAUUUCGUUGCCUGGGGAGGACAGUCCGUGCGGGCGUUUAGUUUAUGCCUCAACGAAAAGGAACUGAAUGCAAGCGUACAAGCUGCAAGCUCGGAAUAUCUGGCACCGGAUUGGAUCCUGGCUGGAUGUGCGCUUGAGGCGGAUGGCGAAAUUGAAAAUGCUUAUAUGUUAACAGCUCACAAUGCUCUCCUGAGUGUACAGCUUUUCAGACAGACCAGAGCUGAUUACGAAAAGGUUAUCGAGAUACGCCAACUUGUGGCUGGGGUGAAGUCAAUCCUCUACUCGGCAAAUGUUCUUUCUCUGUCCAAAGCUCAUAUCCUGGUCGCGGCUGGCACUGUCUUUGGUGAAAUUAUAGUGUGGUCGUGUUUCUUGCCCGAGGAUGCUUUUGCAACUGCGACUGGGUCAAUUCACCACUUCUUUACGGGCCAUGAAGGCUCAAUCUUUGGAGUGCAAAUUUCGCCUCCCAUUCCUUCCUUGCGCGGGGGUCGUGAUGGACGACUACUGGCUAGUUGUAGUGACGACAGAACCGUCAGGAUAUGGGACAUUUCUGACUGCGAGCGUACGUCCCGUCACGACACCCCCGCCUACUCAACCGACGGAUUCGAACUACGCGGUACAGGAUUUGGCGCAGGAUCUGGUGACAAUGAGCUUGGGUCUGAGUCAAUUCUCGCGAGUGCAUUUGGACACUUGGCCCGCAUUUGGGGUGUCCACUUCCUGCCUAUCAAGCAAGGACCGGGGAAAGUAAAUCUGAUUUCACGUGGUGAAGAUGCUACAUGCUUGCUCUGGGAUCUGACCUGGGAUCCGUCAUCGGAAAACCCCCAGUUUGAACUUGCGGAAACCAUGUCCGUCCGAAAACAUACGGGCAAACAUAUUUGGGCACUCGAGAUGCGCCACACCGAUACAGACACAGUGGUCUAUACCGGUGGUGCCGAUGGCGCUGUGAAGAGCUUCACCAUUGAACUGCAUGGCAAUGGAGAUGUUAUUUUGCCGAAUUUGCGUAACCGAAUUGCGACAUCGAUAGAUGCUCAAAGCCCCGAGCCUCACAUUGAAACAUCAAUUAAAGGUUUUGGAUUUGUCUCUCAGGACUCGUUUGUUGCCACGACUGUGCGGGGUGAGAUUCAGAUCGGACGAAUCGGGACUGGGCAUGGAACUACACGUCAUAUCCUCAAAGAGACUUUGACUGUCGAGGAGGACCUGCGCUCAUAUUCAGUCGUCACGGGUCUGCCACAGAAAGGAAUAGCUCUCUUAGGUAACGCACGAGGCUUGAUACGCUUGUAUGAUCACAGCACCAGAUCCCUCACCAAAGUGGUCGAUGCGGGUCAAAGGCCAGUGGGAUUGUACGCACUUGAUUACCAGCCUAGCACAGCUGGAACGUCUGCGAAGUUGUCAUUCGUUGCAGUUUACCCCAAGGCCGAGAAAGCCGAUCUCAUCUUGGCUACAUUGGCAGAUGGCGCAGAGCCGCACGUGGAUAAGAUCAAGCUUGACCUACCUUAUGGCUUCGGCGUGUCGACUGCAGCCUUGAUCCACAAUGACCAGUACCUUGCGCUAGGAUCCUUGACAGGCUCAUUCGCGGUGUAUCAAGUUCUAGUGUCAGACAUGCUUCAACCGGUCAUGCCUUCUUGCAAGGUACAUGGUCGCGAAGGUCUUAGCUUCAUCACUUCGUUUGCAUCACUCUAUGGAGAGAGCGGAUUAGAACUGCCGUUCUUCAUGACAUGUGGCCGCAACGGAACCUAUAGCAUCCAUGAGCUGGUCUUCUCAACCGGUCCGGAGCCCUCGGUGUCCCUGAAAACGCUCCAUUGUUCUUCGCUUGCUUUUAAUUGUGAAAUCGCGGGCGCUUAUAUCGACCAUGUCUCCAAGGAUCUAAUGUUCUAUGGAUUCCAGCCAAUGGACUUUGUGCUCUGGAAUGAGUCUGCUCAGACAGAGGUCGCUAGACAUAAUUGCAACGGAGGCCGACGAUCCUGGGCGUUCCAACCAAGUCAAGAUGUCGCUUGGGCGGGUUCUUUCAUCUGGAUUCAGUCGGGGCUGACUGCCCUGUCGAUACAGCCUGAUGCGACUCGUACCUUGCGUUCUGGAAGCCAUGGCAGGGAGGUGAAGGACAUGUGUGUCACUCAGAACUCGGAUGGGCAGGGUCCCUUGUUUGUGACUGGAUCAGAAGACACUAACGUGCGGAUAUUUGCUCCUCGUGACCCGCAGCUGGAGAGUCGCUGGGGCGCAUUCAAAUGCCUGCGACUUUUGAGAAUGCAUCAUACCGGCAUCCAGAGCGUAAGCUGGUCUAGCGACGGUAAAGUUCUAUUUACGAGCGGCGGCUAUGAACAAUUCUUCGUUUGGCGGACGUGCUCGAUCCCUCGAUUUGGCUUGGGAACUAUGCUCGCGGGAGAGUGCCCUAAGAGCGAUCCCAAUUCCGAUCUACGGGUGACGAGCUUCGAUACGCUGGAAGUGGACGAGGGAGAGGCGGAGUCUGGAUUCCUUCUUUGCCUGACGUAUUCCAACUCCACCAUCAAGAUCUUCCAUUACUCUUCGACCGACAAAGGCUGCUUCACCCUACUCGCCAGUGGUACCUACAUGAGCAACUGCCUAACCCAGGCUCGGUUGAUUCUGAAAGGGUCUACCUUGAGUCUCAUUACGGCUGCGACCGAUGGCUACUUUACUCUCUGGAACUUGACUCCGGUCCUCGAGCGAUUCUAUACUAUCGCGUCGCCGUUGAUCCCCACACAACCUAUCCGCGGAGCGUCGAUCAUACCGGAGACUAUCACCUGCGAGAAUCGAUAUCAGAUCCACUGGAACAGCGUCAAAUCUAUGGAUCUGGCUGACCUGUCCGACACCUUGGCGCUGAUCGUCGCCGGAGGAGAUGACAACGCAGUAACGGCCACUCUCCUAGACACCACCGGGGCCGGCGACGCGACAUCCACCGUGACCAUUCCCGACGCGCAUGCAGCAUGCGUCACGACGGUUCGCAUCCUCAAGCACCUCCCAGACCAGGGUAAUGGAGUUAGUAGAUUUGCCGUUGCUUCCUCGGGCAAUGAUCACCAGGUCAAGAUCUGGUGGAUCGACGUAGACGCCAGCAGGCAUGGGCCGGAGAGGAUCCAGAUCGGUCAAGCACUGGAGAGGUACAGCUGCGUGGCGGACAUCUCAUCGCUAGAUAUUAUCCACGAUGGGCAAUCGGAUCAUGCCAAGCUGGUUGUGUGCGGCGCGGGCAUGGAGAUGUUGGAACUACGGUUGUGAGAGGGCAGAUUAGCUCCUUCUCUACGAUGUGAUGGGAUGCACAUAUACCUUGAC